CUUAGUGCUUGUCAUAACGGGUACUUAAGUCACAUUAGUGUGAAAAUGAAACCGAGACACUAUGUUCAUAUGGGAAUGAAAAAAGCAGAAGAGGUGUCGAAAAUAUGGAAAGCUGCUCAUUUAACAGUAUUUACCCUUAUUCUGUUAUCAUCGGCAGCAGCAACAAAGUCAAUGUUCGAAAUUCUGGAUAUGUACGAAUUUAACUGCAUCAUUUAUGCCAAAAUUCAGUUCCAAGGACCACAUGCCAUUGUUAAUUCAAGUUAUGGUAUAUUUGAGGAUACGGCUUCCGAUGAACCCAAAUCUAACAGCACAUCUUCCAAAACUCACGAUCCAAAUGAAACAGAACAUUUGGGCCGGGAACUUACAGAAUAUAAAUGGGACAGAAACUACUCAAUUUCAUUCAUUUCGAAUGUAAAUAAUUCGGGUUUUCUAAAUCUCAGACGAACAGUGUUUGCUACAAUACUCAUGUGCGAUCUAAUGUUAUUCGCGCCACUUGCUUCAGUGGUGAUAGCAAUUUUGCUGGGAGUUAUAAUGCUCAUUGGAAGUAGAGGUGGUGCUGGAAAUCCUGGAGACAUAUUUCCAGAAAUUUGGAUUUGUACCUACCCCAUCUUGGGCUUAUGCGGUUUUAUGACGUUUUUUUGCUUCGUUUCAAGUAAUCUCUUCCAAAGCGGACUAGGUGCUUUCUGCUUACAGUAUCAUCAUCUUACGAAAUAUAAAUGGUGUAAUCCAGGAAUGGAUCAUUAUACUAUACAAUUUACGCCCGAGUUUAAAGGACCUCCCGCUCCAUUUUAUCGCAAUUACAUUUUAGGCACUAUGAGUAUUAUUAUAACGCCCAUCUUAUGGCUCAUUCAGGCCACUCUGUUUUUGCUUCGAAUAAUAUUUUUAGUCGAUUUUAAAGUGUACCUAACGAAAAUUCAACCAAGAGAUAAGGAGGUGAAAAAGACUCCAGCCAUUGCAAAAGUUGCUACAAAAUUGAUGGAACAUAAGAGAAACUAGGUUAUAUUUCCCAGUACAUUUUCUUUUGGCCCACACAUAUAUGUAAUGAAAAUUAGUCAGACACAGGGUUGCCAGAUUUUCCGCGUUAGGGGGAAGAGUUAUCUAGCCAUACAUAUUUUUAACUAUCCAUAAUAUUAUUACUAAUUGCAAUCUCUUCGUAAUAUUGCAUUAGCAUCACUGUCUCGCUUUUUAUUAAAAUGAUCUGGUAAUCCUGGUCAGAAAACAUAAGAUAAAGUCUGUCCAGCAAGAGAAGAAACGAUGUUUAAAGCAUUCAAAAAAUGACAGCAAAUACUUCUAGUCAUCAGUCUUCGAGUUAAAAUUACAAAUCAAUUAAAAUUACAAUUACGAUUAUCUAUCACUGUUAUUAUUUUCUUUGAACAAACCAUUGUUUGAAUGGAUGUUAAUUUAUUUGUAUGCCCUUUUUCUGAUAGUUUGUUGAUUUUUUUUUUACUUUUUCUGAGUCGGUUUACUGAAACUACUGCUCUUAUUGCCAUUACUCAGUUUCUGUUUAUCUCACUUUUGUUAAAUUUAGUGUAGUUUAGUUGUUUUAACUCACUUAAUCAUGUAGUAAAGGUAAAUAAAAUUAAUUUGAGUUUG